AUGGGAGCACUUCCGAGCAGGGAGACACAACGGCGUGGGUUGUACAGCCAUCGCCAUGGGCGCAAUAGGCGGAGUGAAGUCAUAUUAGUUCCCCUCACAACCGAAUUUUUUCCGAGUGAGAGCUGCCCUCUGUUUGAGCGUCUGUUCCAGGCGAGACACCACCGAACAGCCAAAUAUUACUACCGGGCGGUGCGCUCCGCAGAUACGGACAGGGAAUCUGACUACUACUGCCAGACGACAGUUCACGCCAAUAACGCGGAUUUAGACAGUCCAGGGAGUCUCGCGAGAGAUAAACGUGUGGAGACUCUUUUCACAGACGACAUAUCAGGUUUAUACCAAAGACUCGUGCGAGAGACCGAGUGUUGCAUGUCUGAGACAGAUGAAGGGCUGCGAGAGAGGUACAAAAAGCAGAUCCAGCAGCAGCAGCGCCACCAACAAAGGCAACAACAGUACAAAUCGCCUCAUCCGCAGGAGUAUGGAGCUGCAUUUGGUGACUCAUAUGAAGAGUAUUUUGGAUUCGGUCCAGGGGCUUUUGCCAACGGCUACAACGACGCUCUGGCAUACAUAAAGGGAAGGGAGCAACACACGCAUUGUAAUGAGUUCGGUACGCACGUAACUUCACCGAGUGCCUAUUAUCUUCGGCCAGUUCCAUGUGCGAUUGUGUCGCGUUCGGAGGCACACAAGUCUGCUCCGGACGCCGGGGUUGAGUUUCUUGGCUCGACGGUUAAGGUACUCGGUAUGUUUGGGCUCCUUCCCUCCACCAUAUCCAUCACUGUACACGGGGAAGUAGUAGAGCAGCAUAUGCUGAAGGCGACAAUGUUCGUUGACAAGGAUGUCGGUGAUCAGAUAUUGGGAAACGUGGUGAUGCUUGCUGUCCACAUGUACGUUCGACAGUGCAUUGAGGCUCAAAUUCGGGCUCCGUACAUUCCGAUGAUCCCCAUGAUUCUUCGAACUCCCAUAUCAAACAUUCCGAUGCUGCAGUUUGUGCGGGAGAUGCGAGUGCGACUUCGUAGUUUGUUGAACGCGGGUGGGAAGCGCCGCAGUUUCUGUAGCGCGAACAGUAGUGGUAGUAGUGCAAGCUCAUCUCCAAGUACUGAUAGCGUUCACGACGCGGUGGAGGCAUCCUCCCGUUGUGACGCAGAUAUACUGUACCUUUUUGAAGAAGAUGUGCCCGGUGUCGUCUCUCAGCACCGACUUUUCCUUGAUCCGUCGGAGGCGCAGUCGCUGAAGCUCCGCCCUGCACACAACACCAAUCCCGAUGGCACCAUUCCUAUACUCCUCGUGUCAGGCGUGAAUGUGCAGGCGACGCCACUAACACAUCCCUCCGUUACGAGUAUGUCACAUGUGCGCGUCCCGCCGUGGGUGCUUGAUGGCGCCUCCGACUCCGCGGGCGGUGGACCACCCAACUCGUGCCCGCAACGUGAAGCGUUUCGGGCUGCAUCGCUUCUGGCAACACGACGGAACCGCUUCCGCAUGUGGGUAGAAGAUGGUCGGCUGUGCAUUUGGGCGAGUGCCGCGUACGCCCGACGGGGGUGUCUUAUGCUUGCGCAGCAGCUGACGCAGACGGUUGACAACAGUCUUUUGCCAAUACCACGCCCGUGGAAUUACCGUGGUUUGUUACGCGGUGGUAUGCCAAUGCCGGAGCCAGAGCUCGCCAAUGAUGUGUUCAUUGUGGCCGAGGACAUGCCGAGUAUGGGGCUCUAUCAGGGUGACGUUCUCCGAUGCAGCACUCCUGCGGAGAUCGGCGAUCGCCAGCGGAGGGGUUCACCAUGUAAGACGCCCGGCAGUAAUUCCGGCACGUCGCUUGAAAUGACUUUUCCACACACCAAGAAGAGCCUGAACAGCACAUCCACACUCCUGGAGCCGGCGACGCCUGCUGAGCAGAAAAGCCCUCCAGUGAACUAUACGAGCAAUCAUCCGAGUAAUGUGCUGUUACAAGACCCAGGCGAGGCGCCUUCGAAUGCUUUUUGGGUGUGUUUUCCUUUUGAUCGCGAUGGUCCCUCCGUUGCUCCUGGCGAGAGGCGUCAGCAACAACAGCAACAGGACGGUGUGGCCUAUCGGGCAACCAAUGUGGAAGAGGUUCUUCUUUCAUGGAUAAAAAUAAUCUCACUCAAGACUCGCGAUGCCGCUGAGGAGGACGAUCACUGGGUCCGUGACCCCACAACGGGCGCACCACUCCGUGUGGAUCGCUAUAUAAUUCGUCGUGUCGAACAUGAUGGCAUGCGGUAUUUCAUCGGUGUCACCCCCCGCUUUGUUGGGCAGCAGCGCCGGCUGGAAAAAAUGUUGGUGGAUAUCAAGGCUCAGGAGGAUGGAGGGGAAGAUCUGGACUUAGAGCGAGACAAGUAUUACGUGGCGGCCAUGCAUUACGAUGCGGCUUUUGACCGUGAGGAUGAUGACAGCCGGGAUGAAGAUGCUCUGGGACGCGUCGCUAUGGCGAAGAUGCUCAGCGCGCCGUCUUUAAUAUUAGAGUAA